UCGGUGAUCCCUCAGACACAGCGGAUCACCGAUCAAUGGAAAGAGCCGCAGAUGUCGGCUCAGUCAUGUGAUCAGCUGUGUCCAAUCACAGCUGAUCACAUCAAUGCCACCUGUCAGUGUCCAUCAGUGCCAGCUGUCAGUGUUCAUCCAUGCCACCUGCCAGUGCCCAUCAGUGCCACACCAAUGCCACAUUUCAGUGCCUACCAGUGCACAUCAAUGCCACAUAUCAGUGCCCAUCUGAGCUGCCUUUCAGUGUCACCCAUCAGUGGCAGUCAGUGCCACCUAUCAGUGCUGCCGAUCAGUGCUGCCUAUCAGUGCCAGUCAGUGCCGCCUAUCAGUGUGCAUCAGUGCCGCCUAUCCGUGCCCGUCAGUGCUGCCUAUCAGUGCCGCCUAACAGUGCAAGUCAGUGCCACCUAACAGUGCCAGUCAGUGCCGCCUAUCAGUGCC